AAAUUAAAACGAGGUCAAUUUUUACACCACACUUACACGAAUUUGUAUCUUUUCAUUCUAUUUUUGUGUAUAAUAACUUUUGUAGACUUGUAUUUGUGGUAACGAUUUUGUGCGACAUUAUUUUUUUUUCUGUUAUAUACCUACUGUCAGUCUAUAAGAAAAUAUAAUAUAGAAUAACGCUCAACAGAUAAGAAUAUUAAAAAUAUGAGUAAUGUCAUCGAACGGCAAUCAUUUCUGGGUUAUUAUUCCAAGUUGAGUGGUGCAGAUUCAUCAUCUUUUUUUUUUCUGUGAAUAAAAAGGAACUUACAAAAACUAUUAACUAAACUAUAAACUAAUAAAUAAAAUAACAACAAAUAACAACAAAAAAACACAAAUACAAACAACAAGAACAACUAUAACAACAAAGGUUACAAAAAAUCACCAAAAAGAAAAUUAAAAGAAAAAAAUAAAAUACAAAUCAGAAAAUCAGAAUAUAAUUGUUUAUUUGCAACAUUAUUAUAUAUACAUACAUUGAUAUAUAUACAUAUAUAAAUUAUAUAUAUAUAUGUGUAUAUAAAUAUUGUGAAAAUUGUGUAUGUAUGAAUGAAAAUUCAAAAAUAAAAUUGAAAAAACAAAAAAAAGUUUUUUUUAAAUAUUUCAAAUAAAAAUAUUGGAAAAAUAAAAAAGAAAUCGGUGGUUUUUUUCAAAAAAAAAAAAAAACAAAAAACAAAUGUACACUUAAAAUACAUAAAAUAAAAACUUAUUAUAUACACACAAACAUAUUUAGCACACAAAAUAAUAAAAUAUAUAACAUAAAAACAACAAUAACACAAUAAUAGUAAAUAAUAAAAAUAUCAAAAUUAUUACUUAUAUUUUAAUAACAAAAAAAAAACAAAGGAACAAUAAAAUAAAUAAAAGUAAAAUAAAAUCAAGAACAAAAACAAAAUAAAUAAAUAAAUAAAUAAAGAAAUUACAACAAACUAUAUAAACAACAAAGAUAAAAAAACAACAAAUAUAAAAAAUAAAAACAAAUAAUAACAAAAAAAACAGUAAAACAGAAACAAAAAAAAAAACAAUUUGUUUUUCUAAAAUUUUUAAUUAAAAAUAGAUCUAUUUAAGUGUGCAAUCGCGAUGGCUGCACCAGCAGCCUGUACGCGUUUCUCUGAUAAUUAUGAGAUUAAAGAAGAACUUGGUAAAGGUGCAUUUUCAGUUGUUAAAAGAUGUGUUCAAAAGGCAACAUCAUUAGAAUUUGCUGCUAAAAUUAUUAAUACAAAAAAAUUAUCAGCACGUGAUUUUCAAAAAUUAGAAAGAGAAGCAAGAAUAUGUAGAAAAUUACAGCAUCCAAAUAUUGUACGUUUACAUGAUAGUAUACAAGAGGAAAAUUAUCAUUAUUUGGUAUUUGAUUUAGUUACCGGUGGUGAAUUAUUUGAAGAUAUUGUUGCAAGAGAAUUUUAUUCUGAAGCUGAUGCAUCACAUUGUAUACAACAGAUAUUAGAAUCAGUUAAUCAUUGUCAUACAAAUGGUGUUGUACAUCGUGAUUUAAAACCAGAAAAUUUAUUAUUAGCAUCAAAAUUAAAAGGUGCUGCUGUUAAAUUAGCUGAUUUUGGUUUAGCAAUUGAAGUACAAGGUGAUCAUCAAGCAUGGUUCGGUUUUGCUGGUACACCAGGUUAUUUAUCACCAGAAGUAUUAAAAAAAGAACCAUAUGGUAAAUCAGUUGAUAUAUGGGCAUGCGGUGUUAUAUUAUAUAUAUUAUUAGUUGGUUAUCCACCAUUUUGGGAUGAAGAUCAACAUCGUUUAUAUUCACAAAUAAAAGCUGGUGCAUAUGAUUAUCCAUCACCAGAAUGGGAUACAGUAACACCAGAAGCAAAAAAUUUAAUUAAUCAAAUGUUAACUGUUAAUCCAUAUAAAAGGAUAACAGCAUCAGAAGCAUUAAAACAUCCAUGGAUAUGUCAACGUGAACGUGUUGCAUCUGUUGUACAUCGUCAAGAAACAGUUGAUUGCUUGAAGAAAUUCAAUGCAAGACGUAAAUUAAAAGGUGCUAUAUUAACAACAAUGUUAGCUACUAGAAAUUUUUCAAGUAAAAUUGUGAUACCUAAAAAAUCAGCAACUGGUAGCGGUGGUGAUGGUUCACAAAUAAAAGAAUCAACUGAUUCAUCAAGUACAACAGUUGAUGAUGAUGAUUUACAAAAAUCAGAUGAUAAAAAAUCAAUUGUUGAACGUAGUACAACAGUUAUAGCUGCAAAUAGUAGUGCAAAUACAAAUAUUAAUAAUAAUAAUAAUACAUUAAAUAAUAAAGAUUCAUUAUCAUCUGAAUUAAGACGUCAAGAAAUAAUUAAAAUAACAGAACAAUUAAUUGAAUCAAUAAAUAGUGGUGAUUUAGAUGCAUAUACAAAAAUAUGUGAUCCACAUUUAACAGCAUUUGAACCAGAAGCAUUGGGUAAUUUAAUUGAGGGUAUCGAUUUUCAUAAAUUUUAUUUUGAAAAUGUACUUGGAAAAAAUUGUAAAGCAAUUAAUACAACAAUAUUAAAUCCACAUGUACAUUUAUUAGGUGAUGAUUCAGCAUGUAUCGCAUAUGUUAGAUUAACACAAUAUAUUGAUAAACAAGGUCUAGCACAUACCCAUCAAUCAGAAGAGACAAGAGUAUGGCAUAAACGUGAUAAUAAAUGGCAAAAUGUACAUUUUCAUAGGAGUGCAACUAGUAAAAUAACUGGAGCAACGACAUUUGAUUUUGUUAAUACACAAAAAUAGAUACAUAAACACACAUACAUAUAUAUAUAUAUAUAUAUAUAAUAUUUACUUAACAUAUUUAUAAAAUAUUAAAAUAAUUAAAAAUUCUUUUUUUUUUUUUUUUAAAUUUUUUUUUUUUUUCGA